CGACACGAACGCUGAGCAUUUCACACACGCGAUUCUCGGAUACUUUCGCUAUCGACUUGUGCGGCCAUAAUAAUAUAUCUUAUAGUGUGUGUGCAAACAAAAAUUUGUGACGAAGGCUUGCGUUUUUUUUUAAAUUAUUCUAUUAGUGUUGUUGGAGUUGAAACAGGUGCCAUCCAUGCUGUUUAAAUAUGACUGAAAGACGUUCCCGGCCGCGUCCUAGGCGGCGCAACGAAUUGCAUAACAAACAGCAGGACUUGCUCUACGCUUGGGGCGACGAGCUGUGUAACAGCGACGAGGUGCCGGAGGUGGAGAUUGUUAGUCUCCUGCAGGAGCACAUACCGAAGUAUCGACUGAGAGCUGAUAGCCUUACACAGUUUGGAGGUUACGAGAACCAAGAUUGGUUCAUACCGUCGCCAGCGUUGCCAGUGAACCCCGAAGAUCUCGCUCUGACUCCUGACCAGAUCAGGGAAACGCUUAACUAUUUUCUUCUAUGCAGCAACAGGGUGAGCCAAAUGACAAAAACCUACAAUGACAUCGAAGCGGUAACUCGGCUCUUGGAAGAGAAAGAGAAGGAUUUAGAAUUGACUGCGCGCAUCGGCAAGGAGCUGCUGGCAGCCAACGGGCGUCUGGAAGCGCGCGUGACGGCGCUCGAGGCCGACCUGCGCGGCGCUCGGGACCACAUCACCCAGCUCAAGCACGAGCUCAGCACUAAGAGUGAUCUACUACAGGUGCUAACAAAUGAUACAGAAGAUUCACCUACGGAGGAGCGGGAAGAAGCGACGGCGGUUGCGUUGCGGCGUCGCACCGGCGCUCUGGAGCGAGAAAAUCGCGCGCUGCGGGACGAGGCGGCCCGUCUCGCCGCCGGAGCGGACUCGGCCGAGCUGGCGGAGCGGCAACUGCUCAGGGACAUCGCCACGCAGCUGGCGAGUGCGAAUUCGGAGGCGAACGUUCUCGGCUCGGAGUUGUUCGAAGAAAGGUGCCGGUCGUCGGAGUUACAGCAACAAUUGGAUUCGGCUAAUGCAAGACUGACUAUCGCAGAACGGAAUUUACAACAGCUGACCGCGGAACACGAUCACACGUUACGGAUCUUGGAGAUUACUAGAGAGAAUCAGAAUGCUCUCGCCGCCGAACUUGCCGAUGCGAAGGAGCGCUACGCAGAAGUGGCAGCGCACUUGGCGGAGGCCCAGGAGGCGCUGCGGCAGCUUCGCAAGCGAGGCGAGCCGGCUCGGGGCCUCAUGCCCAGUGUGGCGGCCGCGGCUGGCCUGCUGCCCGCCAGCCUCCACCGCGAGAUGCACAGCUCCAUCUACUCCGAGCUCAGCCUGGACUCCGGCAUCGGCGACCCGCAGGCGCAUUCAAGCAUGCAGAAAGUGUUUGAGACAGUCCAGUGCGCGUCUCGGUGGUCGGGUGGAUCGCUAUCGGGAUCGGAGCCCGAGUGUGCGCCGAAACCCAAACCUAAAACGAUCUCCACCGAUAGUUUCUUCGAAGAUAUCUCUGAUGUUGAGUCAGAAGAUUUAUAUCCCGGCAACACGGGAGUGGGUGUGCCCGGAGCGCCAGGCGCCGCAGAGUUAGCGGCCGCCCUACGUCGCCUCACGCCGCAGGAGAUAGACUCGCGACGGGCGUCGCUCGCCGCCUCACAUGUUAUCAGGCAUCGACGACGAACAGAUGAUCUCGGAACAGAUCGUUCUAUAAGCGAGCACAGCGCCGUGUGGGGUGCCGGAGCGGGCGCGAGGUACCGCUCUCCGCACAAGCUGCAGAUCGUCAAGCCGAUGGAGGGCUCGCUCACACUGCACACCUGGGCACAGCUGGCCAGGCCCACCAUGUCAGGUUUGCUGGAGGAGCAGGAAGGUGUGGGUGUCCGUGGGUCGAGAUCCGCUCAAGCGUUAGGUCUGCGAAUGUACCGGCUCUCAGACGUGGAGGAGGACGACGAUAUGCUGGGGCUGCCUCAUUCUAGCCACAUAUACACGUUCACAAAUAGCACGGUGCUCCACCCCAACGACGGCAGCCUGGUGGGCAGCAGCGUGAGCAGCGUGUGCAGCAGCGGCCUCAGCAGCCUGUCCAGCAGCGUGUUCGGCAGCGCGUGGAGCUCGCGCCGCUCGUCCGCCGCCGGGUCCCCGGUGCUCUCCCGCCGCGAGUCGCUGUGCGCCCCCGCGCCCCCCUCGCGCCACUUCACGCCCACGGCCACGCCCGCCAACAGCCCGCUGCUGGGCUCCCCCGACUCGUCCCCGCCGCCCACGCCCCGGCCCGGCGACGCGCCCCCGUCUCUCCACGCUCUCAUCGCGAGCGGCACCUCCAUACUCCGCCGUCGCUACCUCGCAUCGCCUUCCUCCGACGGUUCCCCGGCUCCUCUCGCUCUGCAAACGCCCGGCUCUCUGUACACCGGCCUGGUUCAUCGUAGUCCCAUGGAACAGUUGACUUGCUUGAAGAGGACGUUGCGCUCGCCGGCGGCCCCCUCGGAGAAGGACAGAGAAACACCGCUGGGCGUUCCCGCACAUCCGGGGGAAGGUGCCUUGGACGCCUCCAGCCUGAACGGCACGAGCACGAUCGACAGGCGACGGAACAAACGACAACGAGCGCCGAGGCCUCGGACAGAUCUUGGCACGGUGGGAGCCUGUCCCCCCGCCUCACCUAAUCAGACCGUGAAUUCAUCACCACUAGGCACACUAAGUACCUUCUUGUUCGGCAGGAAGGGGGGCUUACUUUAGAAUAAAGUGCUAUACAAGUCUCAAGUCACUUAAAUGGUGCUCGAUUAGUGCACCCGUGGCAGCCGCGCGGAUCGAAGCAAUCGAAGUUGUAUGUAUUGUUUUGUUAUUCUUGUGAUCUAGAUGUAGAGUGGUAGCUAUAGUCGUGUUUUAUAUUGAAGUACCUUUUGUUACAUUUGUAGUGUAUUCGUCGAGGAUGAUUUUUAUGUUAUAAUUAUGUUUGUGAGAAUCUGUUUUUUUUUAUUAUUUGACUUUUUUGUUACUAGUAUUUUUUGGUGCGAAUCAUGUUGCAUUUACGUCCACGACACUAAAUCAUAUUAAUGAUUGGCUGAUUAACUUGAUCUGAGGCGGAUAUCGUCCCACAUUUAACAUUCCCAUUGUGAAUUUAAUGAAAACAAUAUUUAAUUAUAUUAUAAGCUGAACGUGGGCAAGCCAAAGACGAGUUAUUUAUUCGAAAUCGAAACGAAAUUUCGAGAAUUAUGAUUAUUUACUAUUUAGUUCAAUUGAGUGUUAUUUAUAUCAAAUCGUGAACCCUUUUUUUAUUACUUAACGAAUUUAAAUAAAAUUUGUUGAUCAAAAGUAAUAUAAUAAUUAUUAUACUGUAUUCUGUUCUAGUAAUUAUUAAAUCAAUAAUUUCUUUGAUUUACGAGAGUACAAAUUUAGUUAAAAUUACAUUGAUCAUAUCGCAUUAAGAGUUUAGGAAUCAAUUUAUUUUUGUAUAAUCAGUUCGUGAUAAUCUGAAUUCGAUUGUACUGUAUUAUUAUUAUUAUUACUUAUUCGAUUCGCUUCCUUUGUCGACUCAGGGUUUUAAUAUUAGAAUGGUGGCAUAUUGGCGACCCUAGUUUUAAGUAGAAGUGAAUUUAAUCGAACGUGCAUCACAGUCUGUUAAGUGUUUAUUCAAAUAGUAUUUUUAUUAUUACGGAACAUGUUCAUAUUUAUUAAUAAUUAUUUGUUAUUAUUGUAAUGGGGAUUUGAAGUACUUAUAUCACACUCACUGACAUAGUCAUAGUCUUAAUAUAAAUCUAAUUAGUGUCUUAUUAUUUAUUUUAGUAUUUAAAAUGUGAAUUAUUUUCAUUUAACCUGGAUGUGUGCCAAUGUCAAACAUCCGCAUCCUAUAGAUCAUCGGUGUGAAAGGGACACACCGUGUCGUGUGUUUCUAUUAAAAAAAUUACGUAUCACACGGGUCGGUUUGGUACCACUACAUUAAUAAAUUCUUCUCCAUGUUUCUUUGCAUUAUGGGGGCCAUGCAAAAAUUACGUCAUAUAGACUUCAUAUUUUUGUAACCCUCACAUAUUUUGCAUCACAUUUUUGAAGUGAAAACUUCUGUAGCGGCGUUGGGCACUUUCCUUGGGAUGGGUAUAAAAUGUUAAACUCGCGUCAGGACAAGUGGCCUGAUCGAAAAUUCGUAAGACAGUGAAAUUAAGGAUGGUAGAUUUAUACUUUUAAUUAAGUAUAGUUCGGCUAUUUCAACUUAAUGAUCAUACGGUCAUACGCAACAGUGAAUCAUUGUGAUUGCGGACACCGCGAGUUCGAAGUAUCGAAUCUCAGUAGUAAAUUUUUUUUCAGUUUAUUAUGGAUGGAAAAAUGAAAAAUAUUUAUUUCAGAAACAAAAAUGGUACAAACAUAAUAGUGGAUGUUACCUUCUAUGGAUGAUAGUUGAUUUUUCUGAGAGAUAAACUUUUUAAUUGUAAUAGUUUUGAAGUGUUAAAUUUUUAAACUGUCAUUUUUGUGUUCGAUAGCGCAAAUAAGGAAUAUUGCAUUUAACCACAUAAAUGCCUAGUCCUUUUAUACUGAUAAAUAAUUCGUGCGAAAUUAUUCCCUAACCUUCCAAAAUAUUCAAAAUUGCACAAUGUUGAUAUACAAGUUUUCACUUCUGCUGGCACUCCCGGAGUGCAACCCGUACUUCCUUUUCAAUAUUUUGUUUACAGUAAAUGCGUUGUACCUAUAUCAAUAAUUUUGAAAUGUGUCUAUGCUUAUAAUAUGACAUCUGCUCGUCCUUUGCCAUUAAUGUCAUACUUUGUCGAUUCCCCCUUAAUCUGUUACGUGAUUUGCCGUGGCCCUUAAAACCUUCUGCCUGUCGUGAAAUUGACAAAGUGAACUUCUUUCCUCAUUGGUGCUAAGUAGUAAUAGAGCCAGUGAUAACACGAUGGACGAGGUGAUGAUGAGGUGGAUCGUCUCCGUUAGUGUAAUUUUAUAUCCACUUAGAAGACUUAAAUAGGUUAGUGUUUAUUUAUAAAUGCGGCAAAGUCAUAUAAAGUCCGGGCGCCAAGCAGGAAAAAUUUCGUACAUUAGCCUUUGUUACCUGUCCCUGUCACUUCCGCGUAAAUAUAAUGCGUCUCGCUCGCUCAGAUGCAAUGGCUGCCGACCUAAGGGAUUAUAUAUCUUUUAAAGCAAGACGUAUUAUUGUAAUUAUCAUGACGGGUACUCACGAUAUAUAUUAAUUUGAUGCCGAUAUUUCGAUCCAAUUAAAUGAAUCCAUAAUUUCGGGUCUUUCGUUUUCUGAAUGUCGUCAGUAGUGUUUCGUGAAUUAGUGAAUCAAAGACCAAAACAAAUUAGACGCCACGUGGACAGAUUGGCGUAGUAUUAGUGUCAAGUGUCAAUGUGUCAAGAGUUCCUCGCCGCUCCCCCUUUUCUCCGACCAGGAUUCAUGCAAUUGGAUCAAAAUAUCGGCAUCGAAUCAAUAAAAUAUAUGUCGUGAGUAUCCGUCAUAAUAAUUACAAUGUUAAAGUUACUUGAUGAUGAACGUUUAAAGUGACAGAGACAGGUAAUAAAGGUUGUUGUACGAAAUUUUUAUUGCUUGGCGGCAGGACUUUAGUUUCAUUGUAUUCUGUAAGUGCGGCUUAUCGAUUCAUCCUAUUAAUUAAUUCGUAUUAGUACAGGAAUGUAAUGUAAUAUAUAGAAUGUGAUUAAUAAUACAAUGGCCAGACUUGUACUUUUAAAUGUAGCUUGACAUAAAAACCUAUAUUAUUAAGUAAUCAUUAUACAGGAUGGCUGAGAAGUUGACGUCCAAAGCUAAAAAUUUUCUAAUUUUUUUUGAACACUUAGUUAAUUUUAUUGUUGAUAAUUAUUAACUACAGUUGCAAUAACCACAUAAGAAACUAUGAAUAUUUUAGACAAUGCGGAACUAGUUUAGAAUUAGUCGUAAGUUCAAGAUAACUGCUCCAGCUAAAUUCAUGAAAAUGUUCAAGGUAUCAAAAAAAUAAAUAAAAUGGGGAGCCUAUGGCUUCUAACUAUUUUUAAAAGCUUCCCAGAACAUUGGCCAAUAAAAUGAGCCAAAUUCAAAUUUUAGCUUUGGACGUCAACUUCUCGGCCACCCAGUAUAUAAAAAUACAUUGUUUGCAUUUUAAACCGCUGUUAAAAAUUUAUAGCGCCACUUAAGUGACCAAUGAUAAAUAACAAUUGCUAUUCUAUUCUGAUCCGAUAUAGCGAAUUCGUUUUCAGAUUUUUCGAUAUUAGAGUUUCCGAAUGAAUGUAUUUCAUACAAAAUAUGCUAAUUACAAAUGGAACAAAACGACUAAUCUCUGAAUGAGUCUUUCUCAUACAGUUGGUCUAGAAGUAAACUUACAGAAUAGCAAUCCGUUUUACCAAUUCUGCGAAUCAAUUUAAUUUCAAAUUCAAAUAUUUUUAUUCAAAUAAAUGAUUUAAAAUCACUUAUUGAAUGUCAAAAACUUCCACCCAUUCGAAAAAGUAUGUCUCAGACCUGAGAAGAACGGGCGCAACAAACUCAGCGGGAUUCCUUUUUUUUUAAAUACAAUUUCGUUAUCAAAUCGGAAAACUUAUGUGCGCUUCAAGCUGCUAAUUUCUCAUUAAUGUUUAUCAAGCUACAUUUUAGUACAACAUAAACAUAGUAAAAUAAAAAUGAGGCAAAUCUUUAUAUCAAAAUUGCCUUUAUAAAAAUCACACUGGAAGUGACUUUUAAUUUAUGUAAAAAAAAAAGAAAUGUAAUAGAGUUGCUAUAUAUUAAAUAAUAUUUAGAUAUAACUUGCUAUUUAUAAUGCAAAUAUAAUGAAUGUAAAUUAAUUUGGAAUAUUCUUUCUAAAAUGUUCCAGAGUUUUUGAUUUUAUUAGCAGAUAUUCAGCUUGAUAAAUUAAAUGAAUAUUACAGACAAUUAUUAUGAGUAAUUGAGAAAUUAUUGUUUAUUUUUUUUUCUAUAUGGCAACCCUGUCGCAAUUUGUUAUUCAUUUGUCGGUCAUGAAUAGACCAGGAAGUGAGAGUCACAUUAAACUGGUAUUAUAAUCAAUAUUGAUAAAGGAAGAAAUAGUUAGGGUGUAUGGCACAAAUUGUACAGUAUAAAAGUUAUUAGUUUUGAGAUUUGACGAUAACAAUAAUGGAUAUAAUGAUUGUAUUAUAAUAGAAAUAUAAAUGAUUCCAAAAUUA